AUGGUCAACUCCUGUUGUGGCUCAGUUUGCUCUGACCAGAGCUGUGGCCAAGGCCUCUGUCAAGAGACUUGUGGUCAAGACUUCUGUCAAGAGACUUGCUGUGCCCCCAGCUGCGGUCCCCAGAGCAUCUGCUGCCGCCCAGCCUGCUGCCAGACCACCUGCUGCCGCCCAGUCUGCUGCCAGACCACCUGCUGCCGCCCAGUCUGCUGCCAGACCUCCUGCUGCCGCCCCAGCUGCUGUGUGUCCAACUGCUGCAGACCAAGGUGCUGCCAGUCUGUUUGUUGCCAACCAACCUGCUGUCGCCCUUCCUGCUGCCAAACCACUUGUUGCCGCACAACUUGCUGCCGCCCCAGCUGCUGUGUGUCCAGCUGCUGCCAGCCUUGCUGCCGCCCCAGCUGCUGUGUGUCCAGCUGCUGCCGCCCUUGUUGCCGCCCCAGCUGCUGUGUGUCCAGCUGCUGCCGCCCAAACUGCUGCCAGACCAGCUGCUGCCGCCCUGCCUGCUGCCUUCGGCCAGCCUGCUGCCAGAGCACCUGCUGCAGGACCAACUGUUAUGGACCCACCUGCAUUGUGUCCACCUGCUGCUGCCCCAGGUGCUGUGGGUCCAACUGCUGCCAGCCUUGCUGUCAUCCCAGCUGCUGCUGCCACCCAACCUGCUACAGACCAAGUUGCUGCCAGUCUGUGUGCUGCCAACCAACAUGCUGUCACCCUUCCUGCUGUCAAACCUCUUGUUGCCCCACAACUUGCUGCUGCCCCAGCUGUUGUGUGUCCAGCUGCUGCGCCUUGCUGCGCCCCAGCUGCUGCUGCCAGCCCUGCUGCCGCCCCAGCUGCUGCCAGCCUUGCUGCCGCCCCAGCUGCUGUGUGUCCAGCUGCUGCCAGCCCUGCUGUCAGACCACUUGUUGCAGAACCACCUCCUGCUGCCCAGCCUGCUCCUCUUGCUGCGUCAGCUCCUGUUGUGGCUCCACCUGCUCUGGCCUGAGCUGUGGCUCUGGCUGCUGUGCUCCCUGCUGCUGCCGCCCUGCCUGCUGCCUUCGGCCAGCCUGCUGCCAGAGCACCUGCUGCAGGACCAACUGUUAUAGACCCACCUGCAUUGUGUCCACCUGCUGCCGCCCCAGCUGCUGUGGGUCCAGCUGCUGCCAGCCUUGCUGCCAGCCCUGCUGCCGCCCCAGCUGCUGUGUGUCCAGCUGCUGCCAGCCCUGCUGCCGCCCCAGCUGCUGUGUGUCCAGCUGCUGCCAGCCCUGCUGCCGCCCCAGCUGCUGCUGCCGCCCAACCUGCUGCAGACCAACUUGCUGCCAGUCUGUGUGCUGCCAACCAACUUGUUGCCGCCCUUCCUGCUGUCAGUCUAGUUGCUGCCGCCCCAGUUGUUGUGUGUCCAGCUGCUGCCAACCCAGUUGCUGCCAGCCCAUCUGUUGCCAGACUACCUGUUGCCAGCCAAGCUGUUGCCAGUCUAGCUGCUGCCAGCCCAGCUGUUGCCAGUCCUGCUGCUGCCAGCCCUGCUGCCCACCCAGGUGCUGUCUGCCAUUCUCUUGCCAAACCACCGUGUGCCGCCCAGUGACCUGCGUGCCCAGGUGCAGCCGCCCCAUCUGUGACACUUGCUGCCGCCCUCGCUGCUGUGACCCCUGCUGCCUGCAGGAUGGCUGCUGCCGCCCCAUCUCCUGCUGCCCCACCUCCUGCACAGCUGUGGUCUGCAGACCCUGCUGCUGGGCUUCCACCUGCUGCCAUCCUAUUAAUGUACAGUCUCCUUGCUGUAGACCCCCUUGCUGCCAGCCAGCCCCCUGCCGCACCACCUGCCGCACCACCUGCUGCCCUACCUGCUGCUGA